GGAGGCCAAGGUCUUAUGACCCUUCCGCGGUGCCGUCCGCCUACGGUCACGUGACCGCCGCAACAUGGCAGCGCCCAUGUGAAGGGGGGCUACGGCGCCGAGAAUGCGCGGGGCUGCAGCCGCCUUCAGGACCCUUCAACGAGGCAUCCCGGGCCCCCUCCGUCGCCGGUUUGCCAUGGACGGGGCCUCCCCCAACGGCUCCGGGUCCCCUCCGGCCCCUGAGGGCUCCCCCCGGGCAGGCGAGACGCUGAUCUCUGAGGGCCAAGCCACCAUCCUCUUCCCCAGCGCCAACGAGGUCUUCUACAACCCAGUGCAGGGCUUCAACAGGGACCUGACCUGCGCUGUGCUAACGGAAUUCGCUCGGCUCCUCCUGCAGCCAAAGGGGAUCCAGGUUGUUGUACCUGGGGAAGAGAACACGGAUGCAGGAAGCCCCCAACCACUGGAGGAGGGUGAUGGUGCCAGUGCCGACCUCCUGCAGGUGGCAAAGGCAGGAGAAAUGUGUGAGGUGCUGGGCACAGGGGGGGAUUCCCCUUUUCCCUGUAUUGGGGUGUCCCCCCCAUGGCACCCCAUGGGCAGUGCUGUGUGUCUGCAGGGGGGGCUGCGGGUGCUGGAGGCGCUGGCGGCCUCGGGGCUCCGCUCCAUCCGCUUCGCCAAGGAGGUGCCGGGGCUUCGGGCUGUGGUGGCCAACGACUGCUCAGCGCGGGCCAUGGAGCUCAUUGAGCGCAACGUGGCCUUCAAUGGGGUGGGGACCCUGGUGACCCCCAGUAUGGCUGAUGCCAGGAUGCUGAUGUACCAGUGCAAAGCUGACAGGGAGCCCUUCGACGUGAUCGACCUGGAUCCCUACGGCAGCCCCGCACACUUCCUCGACGCUGCUGUGCAAGCUGUGAGCGAAGGAGGGCUACUGUGUGUGACUUGCACGGACAUGGGGGUGCUGGCAGGGAACAACGCUGAGACCUCCUACAGCAAGUACGGCGCCGUGUCCCUCAAGGGCAAGUUCUGCCACGAGAUGGCCCUGCGCAUCAUCCUGCACAGCCUGGACAGUAGAGCCAACUGCUACCAGCGCUUCAUUGUGCCGCUGCUCGCCGUCAGUGCUGACUUCUACAUCCGCGUCUUCGUGCGGGUCUUUACAGGGCAGGCGAAGGUGAAAGCCUCGGCGAGCAAGCAGGCUCUGGUGUACCACUGCGUCGGCUGUGGCACCCACCACCUCCAGCGCAUGGGCAAAGCUACAGCCCAUGGCAACAGCUUCAAGUAUGGGGCAGCCACAGGACCGCCCGUGGGGCCCACAUGUGAGUUCUGCCAACAGAGGCACCAGCUGGGUGGUCCCAUAUGGGCUGAGCCGCUCCACGAUGUGCCCUUCGUGCAGCGGGUGCUGGCGGCGCUGGAGCGGAGCCCCCACCGCUUCCAGACGCAGGAGCGGAUGCAGGGGGUGCUCAGCGGCAUUGCCGAGGAACUCAGCGAUGUGCCCCUGUACUACACCCUGGAGGGGCUCAGCAGCACCAUCCACUGCAACACCCCAUCACUGCUGCAGUUCAGCUCAGCACUGCUGCACGCCGGGUACCGCGUGUCCCUGUCUCAUGCCUGCAGGACCGCAGUGAAGACGGAUGCACCCCCGGCUGUGCUCUGGGACAUCCUGCGCUGCUGGGUGCGGCUGCACCCGGUUAAACGCGAGCGACUCACAGACACCAGUCCCGCAGCCCGGAUCCUUGCUGUGGAGCCCACGCUCCAGGCUUCCUUUGCUAUCCGCGCCGACGCCAAUCCCAGCUCCAGGAGAAGGGGCUUGAAGCGAUUCCCAGAAAACCCGGAAGCCUUCUGGGGACCUAAAGCCAGGGCCAAGGCCGGGGGCAGCAUCUCCCCAUCCUUGCAGGAGAAGAGGAAGCAGCUCCAGAACAAACGGCGGCAGCGACUGCAAGGAGCCGACCUGAAACCCUCCCCCUGCAAACGGCACAAGGAGGGCUGCUGCUUGCAGGAGGGGGAGCCCCCUCUUGCACCCCCCAGACCCGGCACUGCCUCGUGCCCCCAUUAAACGCCUGAGGAAAUGG